AUGGCUCAGAUCAAAGGUUUUGAGUGGGCUGUAAAAUCUUCUAUUCCAAUUCACGAACCCCAUAUCAUCUAUAAAAUGCCUCAACCAAACAACUUCUUAUACUCUAGCCGAGAAUGCAAUGAACUCAACUUCGAUGGUGGAAAGUGUUAUGCAUGUUUAUUUCUUUCUACUCCAAGAGAUGGAACCAUUGCCAAGCAAGAAGACAUAGCCCAAG